AUGGACGUUCGCGAUGGAGAGAACGAAGGAAGACUUAGAGGCAGAACGAGCACGGCUGAGGCUAUCAAUCAAAAUCUCCUCACACACAUUGUAAGCGGCCAUUGUAAUUCCCGGCUACAAAAACCUUCCACUUCUAGACAAAGAGGCGGGGUCAGUAUGGGAAGGAACCAAGACAAGAGUGCCAUCGUUACCAGGCAAGAAAGGAUGAAGAAACCAUCUUGA